UUUCAUUUUGUGAUUCAUAGAACGACGAUCAAUUAAAGAAAAACUAUUCGGAGCUACCAAAAUGGCGUCAUCAAUGGUUGCUCGUCAAGCUGCUAACGUACUUCGUAUCUCCUCUCCUAGAUCAGUUUCUCACACCGCUUCAUUUAUCCAGCGUCGUGGCCUCGCCGGCGCCGCCGAUCCUCAUGGACCUCCAAAAGUGGCCUUCUGGAAAGAUCCAAUGAGUCCGUCCAGGUGGAAGGAAGAGCAUUUUGUUAUUCUCUCUUUAUCUGGAUGGGGAUUGCUUAUCUUUAGUGGAUACAAGUUCUUCACCAGAGGCAAGAAAGAUAAGAAAUCGGUGGAAGCAUAAAACAAAGAAGUUGCAAUUUUUUCGGAAGCUAAUAAAUCGUUUAUGAUUUCCUGUAUUCUAUAAGAAUUAUGAAUUGUCCUUGAAUAUGUAUGAAUCUUGAUCAUAAAUUCCUUAAGAAUUAUUAUAGUCGUA